UAUUCGCCUCGACUCCCAAACGCCACCGGAAGAUGGGAAUCCCCCACACCUGAUUUGCCUCUAUUGUAUUAUAUUUCAAAACGGAGCGAGCAGCCUGGUGCUGCCUCCCGCCAUAUUCCUGAUCCAGUUCAGCUAGCUCGCCCUCUUCAUUCCAGAUUUCGAUUGAUAUUUUCUGCAGUUGUCACGCUGAAAUCAAUUGAGAUCUAUGAAACACAUGAAUGGCUGAAAGCGACCCCUACUGUUUAUUUCACAUGCAAGGGGGAGAACAAGACGAUACUGCCCGAUGUCAAGGAAGCUCACGUCUUAUAUACUUUUAAGGGCGAGGAAUCCUGGCAGCCUUUGACUCACUUUUUGAAUAAAAAGUGCAAGCGAUGUGGAUUCUAUGAGAAAGACCUCAUUGGCGCAGAUGAUAAAUUUGACGAAUGGGAAUUUUGUCCUUCUGAUUUUACUUCCCCUCAUGGUAAAUACACUCGACAUGAAGAAAAAGAAUUUAAAGCUACAUUUCUAUGUCCAAAGUGCUUAACAUAUGCUAAUGGUUCUGGCUCUGCAUCGGGAAAGCCCCAUGGUAAAAAAAGGAUGCACAUAGCAGUUGUUGUCUUGCUAAGUGUUUUGGGCUCAACUAUAAUGAUUCUUGGAGUUGUUGGUGCUUAUAAAUACUGGCAAAAGAAGAAGAGGGAGCAGGAUCAGGCUCGGUUUCUGAAGUUAUUUGAGGACGGGGACGACAUUGAAGAUGAGCUGGGCAUUGACAAUAUAUGAUAUAUGUAUUUGUAACUUUUGCGCAGGAGAUUCAUCUCAAAUUUUGUCAACGGAAGCUGGCGAGACGAGUUUUCUAGGUUAAACAAACCUCACCGUAGGUAGUUCAAAAUGAAAAGAAAAUAAGAAAUGUGUGCUAUUUAUGUAUAUAUGGGGCUAUUUUGUAGCAGAAACAAACAAGAAAUGAUAUGGUUUUUUGAUACAAA